ACGUCAGAUUGUCUAGACAUCUAACCAACCACAACAAAGUCCAAAUCUGUCCGACACUUUUAACUCGUAGUGUCAUACCUCAUCACCUCAUCACCUUUACCUCGUGAGCCACACAUCAUAUCUCAACAUGGACUCUUUUACCGGAAAUGGCUCAAACCAAGCCACAUCAAACAACAGCCAGCAAAAAGAAGAUUACCUCGACAAGGGCCUUGACGCUGUAGAGAAGAAGUACGGCGGUGCAUCGACUGAGGACACACAAAGGCAUCGGGGUGUGAAUGAGAAGAUUACCGAUGGUGCACGCAACAUGUUUGAAAAAGCGACUGGCAAGGAUGUCUCCGACAAGAUCUCCAACUGAAGACCCACCACCGACCACCGCGUCCACGCCUAACAAGAACAGGUGCUGGAAGGAUAGAAUGCAUAAGCUGGACGACAAGUGGUCCAAAGUCCGACCGUAUGUUGAGAGGCUGAACGGAACAAUCGUUCCGUUGCGCUCAGCAGACGACCAAGACCGAGAACGACAAAUGGAACAGCAUGCUGCCCUCCGUGAGGACCACCAGAGACAUGGACACUUAGAUGAUAAUACUUGUACGAAUAGGAAUGACUGAAAUGAAAAAAUCAAACUAUCCUUUUCCUUAAACCUCAUUGUCGUAUCAUGUUUUUUUGUCUUGGAAUGAAA